UAGUAUCCUCUUAGUCGGCAAUGGACUGCUAUUUCUAGUGUCCUAAGUCUUCUAAGGUCUAAUUCUAGUGGCUUUCCACGAGGGAGACCCACCGUUCCUGUCAAUGUGAUUUGUUACAUUGCCUGUUCCUCGAUUGGAGAAAAAACUUUUUUUCUUUUUUUUUCUUUUCCUGUCAUUCUUUUUUUUUUUUUUUACUUUCCAGUUUUCUGGCGGAUCCGAAGCCGACGAACUAACGAUCGGACUAAGGCUGAAUGAGGUUCCAUUAUCAGGCUUGAAACCUGACUUGAACACAACAAAAAGGCCUUGUUCGCUGUUAAGUCCAACCCUUGCCUCUUUUUUCCCUUUUUCUUCCACAUCCUUUUUCUCUCUCUCACUCACUCCAUUGUUCUUAAUUCACCUCUUUGGUUAAAUUUACUUUUUUUGUGGUUUCAACCGACUCGACAAGGGGUUCCCGACAUUUUCCAAUUGAUACGAACUGCAUUCCAAACUGGUUUGCCUUUUUCUGCCUAUCAGCCCAUCCGCCCACCUACCAAUCAGCUUCUUUUUCUAUUAAAGAACCACCCGACUCAUCUGAGGUAUACUUCGACCUCUCAUCCGACACCAACAGUCACCAUGAAUCGUCUCUUGAAGAUUGCUGUCUUCUCUUUGGUCGCAUCCUCUGCGAUUGCGACCGCCGCCCCUGAGCAGGUGGAGUCCGAGGCUAGCACCGUGUCCGACAAGUCCGACUUCUACAGCUAUCUCGAGAACAUCGAUGGUGAAUCCAUCCACAAGGCUCUUCACUUGUUCGAGAAGUUCCGCCAUGGCGUCUUUCGCUCCGACGAAGAAGCCGUGGACGCUCUCAGUGCCGAGGAUAACUCGCUCUCCUCCCAGCUGAAAAUCAAGAGGGACAACAGCUCUUCCGCUGUAGAGCCCUCAGCCACUGCUGUAGUACCAUCCUCUCCUACUCAAGCUUCCUCUCCCUCUUCCAACACCGAAGCUCCCGCUUCCCCCACGGAAGCUCCCUCCUCCCACACCACUGAAGCUCCCUCUCCUUCCUCUUCUUCCACUACAGAGGCUUCUUCUGCUUCUUCUGCUUCCUCGUCUGACUCGUCGACUUCUCAGGCGGAACCAACCCCCUCAGCUGAGCCCACGGCCACGCCGACUCAAAAGACCACCGUCGAACCCACUACCACGGAGCCCACCACCACCGAGAAGCCAACAACUCCUACCCCAACCUCGGACAAGACCACCGAAAAGCCCACCACCAGUGAGCAGCCUACAACCAGCGAGAAGCCAACCACCUCCGACAAGACCACCUCCGACAAGACUACUGAGAAACCCACCACCACCAACCAACCUUCGCCCACCACUACCGACAAGCCAACCACCUCCGAAAAGACUACUUCGGAUAAGACCACCGAGAAGCCCACCACCAGCGCAGACUCCACCACCACCAAGGGCCCAACCACCAUGCAAACCACCACCACCGGCCCCGAACCCACCACCACCGAACACACAACCAAGAACACAACCCCCUACACCUCCACCUACAAGAGUACCACCACUCUCCCCAACGGCGAACGAAGCACCAUCACCUCCAUCACCGUCGUGCACCCCACCGAAACCGACAUCGCUACUCCCACUGGCGCCGCCCCAGGCCUGCAAACUGAUAACGCAGCCCCUACUACCGAUCUCACCCGCGAACUCUUCGUCAUGGUCGGUGGUGCCGCUGUCGUGGCCAUGGCGCUGUAAUCGGGACAUGAUGUUCUUCAAAAUUUGACCUGGAUUGUUUUCUUCUUCUUGUUCUUCUGCAUAAAUGGCGUUUGGCUUUUCCCUCCGAAAAUAUUCUAUUCUACUGUUAUGUUGUUAUUUAUCCUUUCUAACGCCAGCUUACGAUCCUUGCAUAAAUGGCGUCUUCUUCCGACAUGUGUCUCUCCUUUGAAGUUAGGGGUCUAGGGUUUGUGGUGUCACUCCUUUAAAUGUGGUUCUGUCGAGCGUGUGCAUAUUUAGAUUUUGUUCUGCAUUGCAGAUCUUGAGCAAUUGAGAUAUUGGUAGAUUUACUGGAGUUGUGUUUC